AUGUUUUCAUUAGAAUAUGAAGUAAUUCGGAACAAUGAACAAGGUAAAAUAGGUUCAGUAUGUUACACAGAUGUAUCUGUUACGAAUGUGAAGCUGUGGAAGUUAAUGACAACAAUAUUAUCUCAAUUAACGUGCGAUGUUCCGGUUUUAAAUCCAACUAGAAGCAAUUGUUUAUUACUCUUAGCCCUUCCACCAGGAAUGACCGUCGAAAAUUUAGUUAGAUUCGUUCAACGUACAGAGCCCGCCAAAAAAUUUUCAAUUACAUUCAUUCGACAUUUUAUGAAUUCUGCAAUCAUUGAAUUUGAAUCACAAGCAGAUGCUGAUAAAUUUUAUGUAAGAUCUCUUGGUAUUCAAUUCGAAUCUGUUUUAUCCCAUGUAAAAUGUAUUCUCUUAUUUAUUUACAGCAUUCAAUGUCCGAAUUGUACAAUACUACCAAUGAAAACCAUGAAAGAAUCUGGUCAAGUCGAGUUCCAAUUACCAAUGUGCCCAAUUUGUUUCUUAUUAUUCGAUCCUCUUAUAUCAAGUUACUUUAGCACAUGCCUAGUUGGAGACAUUUCUGAUGAGGCAUUCCAGCAAUGGGGAUGCCCAGAGUGCCAGGUUUGUCAAAAAAUUCAUCAACCUGAAAAUAGAUCUAAAAUGUUUUGUACGUGUGGAGAAAAUAAUAAUUUAUGGAUAUGUCUUUACUGCGGCCAUGUGGGAUGCGAGAGAGACCAUAAUAGACAUGCAAUUGAACAUUUUCAAAAAACAAACCAUAGAUUUGCUUUCAGAAUAGAUAGAACCUGGUUAUGGGAUUACAUAUCAGAUAGGUCUGUUGACAGGACAUUUCAGUCCAUAACUCAAGCUCCUGCGGAAAAUAUAACAGAUAAUUACAGAGAAAUGCUUGUUGAUGGAAUUUGCGCAGUCCAUCAAAAGUGUGAUGCGGAUAGAGAAAGUAUUGAUAAUGGAAUUGGAAAGAAAAUUAUAAUGAGAAGAAAUGAAGUUUCGGAAUUGACAGAUCAAAUAAAUUUAUUAGAAUCACAAUAUAAAGAAGCUCUAGAAUUGCAAAAUCAACUUACAGAGUUGAUGCAGAGAAUGAAUCAAAUUAAAUCUUCUAAAAUUAUGGUUGAAGUUGGAGAACUUGAAAAACUGAACGCAGAAUAUAAAGAUAAAUUGACUAAACUUAACCAGAAACAAGAAAUGUUAUUCCAGAAGCUAGAACAAAGGAGUGAUGUAACUAAUCAAGUUGUUAUUGACAUGUAG